AUGGCAGAGGAACUGAAGAAGGAGCAGGACACCAGCGCUCACCUGGAACGCAUGAAGAAGAACAUGGAACAAACCAUUAAAGACUUGCAACACCGUCUGGACGAAGCUGAGCAAAUCGCCAUGAAGGGUGGCAAGAAGCAAGUGCAGAAGCUGGAGUCCAGAGUGAGGGAGCUAGAAGCUGAAGUGGAAUCUGAGCAAAGGAAGAGUGGUGACUCUGUGAAGGGAGUCCGUAAAUAUGAGAGACGCAUCAAGGAGCUUACUUAUCAGACUGAAGAGGAUCGUAAGAAUCUGUCCCGCCUGCAGGACCUGGUAGACAAACUGCAGUUGAAAGUCAAAUCUUACAAGAGAUCUUCAGAAGAGGCUGAGGAACAAGCUAACGGCUAUAUGACCAAGCUCCGUAAACUGCAACAUGAACUGGAUGAGUCAGAGGAAAGAGCUGACAUUGCUGAGUCGCAGGUCAACAAGAUGAAAACCAAAAGCCGUGAUGCUUCAUCCAAGAUCUACACCAGACAGCAACCCAACAGAGUGCUUGCUGGGAAAGGUUUCAUGUCCUCAUGA